AUGUAUUUCUCUUUUGAAACGAUUCCAGCUUUUGUGUGGGUAUUCAUAGCUACCUAUGUUGUUUAUUGGAUUAAGAAGCCAAGAUUAAGCAAAAAUGAACCUCCUAUGGUUCCUUAUAAAAUUCCAAUAAUUGGCCAUACGUUAGAUUAUUUGUUUAAUGCCGAAAAAUUUUUGGCCAAAUGUAGACAACAAUACGGUGAUCCUUUCAAUCUAUAUAUAUUUGGUCAAGUGACUACUAUAGCCGGAAACGAAAUUGCUCAUGAAGUUUAUGGGCACUCCGAUACUUUUAGUAUGACCAACGCUACGCGAGACUCAUUUCCUUUGUAUCGUAUUUUAAAAAGUAUUGAGAAGACUGACACGUUGAAAUUAACGGUCAAAGCGAUACGUGAAGGACUUACUGCAAAAUUACCUUCAUUCACUGAAAGAGUGCAAAAAACACUUAUGUUUUCUAUUAAUCAAGAAAUUGGGGAUUGUUCUCAACCUAAAUUAAUUAACACAACGAAUAAUUUCUCAAGAAUGGUUGCCCGUUCAGUAGCCGAUGUUUUGGAAAUAUCAAAAAAUGAAGAUGUGGUCAAUGCUUUUGCUGAUUUUACCAAAGAUUUUACAUCAAUUGUCGCAAUACCUCCUAUUUUUUCAUUCAUUCAUCCAAAAGUCCAUACCCAAAUUAUCACUUUACCACUUAGAUUUGGGUUUAAUCCAAUUUUGAAACAUUUGAUUACUUUAAAAAAACAUCUGAAACCUGUAUUAGAGAAAAGAUUGAAAGAUAAAGAAAUUCUUGGUGAUAAAUAUGAACCACCUCUGGAUAUAAUUGAAUAUUUUUUGAAUAAUCUUGAAAGCGAAACAAAAGUUAUUACUGAUGAUUACUUAGAUAAAAUCUGUGAUUUUAUAUUUAUUCUCGUUAUUGCCUCUAUUCAUACUACUUCUCAUCAUACUACUUUUGCUCUUUAUGAUUUUGCGGGAAGACCAGAAUUAUGGGAUGAUCUUUAUGAAGAACAAGUGAAAAUUGAUAAAGAAUGUAAUGGAGAAUUAACACCUCAACACAUUAACAAAAUGGUGAAAUUGGAUAGUUUUCUGAGAGAAUCUUUAAGGACUUUUGCUGCCAAUCCCCACAGAAGUUUCGAAUCAUAUACAUUUAAAAAUGGCACAACAAUUCCAAAAGGUCGUAUAGUUCAAACUUAUUUAUCGGAUAUUCAUUACAAUACCACAGCAUAUGGACCAGAACCAAGGUCAUUCCUUCCUUAUCAUGGUUUGGAAAAUAAUUUUCCUGCAUCAAAAACUGAUAAAGAUUAUUUUGUAUUUGGUGCAGGAAAACAUGCUUGCCCUGGAAGAUUUUUUGCUGUACAUGAAAUUAAAAUUGCUUUGCAUAAAUUAAUUUUAAAUUAUCACAUUAAGACACCAAGUGGAAAGAUUGAAAAAAAGAUACAUGUUGGACCUUUGGCUUUACCACCAAAUGCUGGAUUAAUUUUCGAGAGUAGAAAAAAAUAA